AUGACUACAACGGUAUCUGAUCGCAUAAGAUUGAGAGGGAAAAAGCACCAAAUGUUACCGGUUGAUACGGUUGAUCUUUCAUGUUUCGUGCCUCACAACCCCGUUUCAUGGGCGGUGUGCCUUUAUAAGGUUUACGCCGGUGCGGUGCCGGUACUACCGACGGUGCGAUUCGAAAGCGGCAACUUUUUUGCUGCUGACUGGGCUUCUAUCAACAAGCUUUGGCGCCGUGGGUUCUACGGAAAGGGAACCCUCUCGCGGUCGGAGCCUUCAUGGUUCAAUCGGACUAAGAGACGCCUUCGUCUGGACGAAGGUACGGAACUCAGUUCAGAGGAGAUCAUUGCUCAGAGAAGACACCAGAGGGAGGAGUUCAAACGCCAGAGACAGGAACUGGAUGCUCUAGAGAGACGGUACAAGCUGGAGGAGGAUUCUGCGAAUCUGGCACGCGUCGAGAAAUUGAGACAUGCGCUUACGGAGACGAAGGGUCGACACGCGCGUAGUUCGACUCCCGUUGAAGAGGUAGAAAUAAGACCCGAAGACGACGUUCUGAUCCAGGAGGGAAAGCUGCAGAAUAUCGAGGUGCUCCAGUUGUCUCACACAGAGACGCUAUUUCUCAAGCUGAUUGGAUGUAUCGACAUCCAGUCGGAGGAUGGACCUGUUGGUCUGAAAACAGCCUGGAUGCAGAUUUUAGGUUUGGAGUUCACUUCGGAAGACAGCCGAUUGUUGCGAUUUAUUGCAUAUGCGCACUACCGUUCUCUAGGAUGGUGUGUACGUUCUGGACUGAAAUUUGCAUCUGACUUUUUGCUUUACCAGAGGGGCCCGCCUUUCCAACACGCGAAGUACACCUUGAGGGUGUGCGGUGUUAAGGAGGGAUCCAUGUCGUGGAUCCGCUAUAGUGGCAUUAACAGAGUGGUUUCGGGUGUGAAAAAGACGAUGGUUCUAUCGUAUGUGACAUCCGAAUGGAAUGAGAAUGAAUUCGAAUCGAUACGUGAGCAGAUGGAGUGUUGUAGUGACGACCACGAGUUUGCGCUUCUCGUUGCAGAUCUUGUGUCUCACUACCGUGUGGACGAAGUGGUGUACCAUAGAUGGGUUGCAAACCGUAAUAGGGAAUAA